AUGGACGCUGUCUUACAGGAUUUGCUGCCAGGUAGCGAUCUUACUGCCAAAGAAGAUAGAGAAUACUGCUUGAAGUCUUUGGCAGAGGUGUUAGAAUCGGAGAACAAGAAUUAUGAAAGUUAUUUCACUUCCAGUGCCACAUCAGGUAGUAUUGUGGAAGAUAUUGCAGAAUUGGACGCACAGAUAUCUUCACUGGAGAGGAAGUUGCGUCAUAUCUUAGUGGCAAAUCAGACGAGCUUACUCAAUGACGUUAUAGAUGAGAAAAAUGAGAAUGAUGACACGUUACUAUCAAGAAUUAAUGAACAAUUGGAACAACUUUGGGAGCUGGAUACGAGUUCGAAGAAGAACAAUGAAAAUAAUAAAAAUAAUGCUACUCUCACCAAGAGGGAAGAAGAGGAAGAUAUAUCUAUCGAGGACUUCUUAAAGGAUGACAGUUCAAAGAAGCAGACUACAAUGGACGAUGAAUUUCAUAAAGCAUUGAAGAGUUUGAGGAAGAAAAUCUUCAAAGAAGAGACACAAUCGGGUGAUGGUCAGAUAGGUCUUGCAUUUGUACUGGAAAACCUGACUUCGAUUAUAGAUUUGAUGGAAUUGCCGUUUCUUACGAGGACAUGUAUCAAAACGGGCCAUUACCAGGAGGCUAUCAUGCUAUAUCAACAUACAAGUUCAUUGAAAUCAAAAUUCCCUGAUUCCGUGACUAUUAGUAAUAUUUGCAAGCAGGUAUCAACUGAGAUCAUCGAUACAAUGUCUGUCGGACUAAUUAAAUUACUUUCUUCAAAUCUAACGUUGAAUUCCAUAAAGAAAAUUUUAAAUUAUUUGAUAUGCAUCCCACCGUUUUCAGAGAAUAGUUCAAGCAAUUCUGCAUUAUUAAAUGUAUAUUUGAAGAUGAGAUUGAAAUUCAUUCAAAAUGAGAUUUCUUCAUAUUCGACAGAUAUCGAUGAUUCAAACACAUCAUUGUAUGAAAUGAUGAUAAAACGUAAAAUUGAAGUCAUUAGAGAACAUAUUUUUAUGUCAUUAAAUGUCUACGAGAAAUCUUUUACCAUUGAGACGCAACCUUUACUCAUCCCAUUACAAUUGGAAAGGGUACAAAGAAAGGAUAAACCUAGAGAGACCAAUCCACUAAUGUUAAAAUUUGUUAACGAUAGCAUAACUUACUUAUUGAAUGAAUUGAAGAUUGAGAAAGAGGAGAAGAUGAAAGAACAAAGUAAUUCCGUGUGUUUACAACUGAUCUAUUGCUCCUUCAGAUUGAGCGACCUCAAUACUAACUAUCACAAUCUUUUCAUAAAUCAAAUCAUUGAAUUCAAGAUCUUUACAGUGGAGCAAGUCGUGAAUGCCAUACAAAAGAGGUCAGAACUAGCAACUACAUACCUGUGA